UUGGUUUCACAUUUACUUUAAAACAAAUGUUUGCCUUUUUAUAUUAAUGGAAAAAGUGGGAAGAGCCUAUGAGGCACUUAUAUAUAAUAUAAAUGAACGCGCGCGUAAUGCAAACCCCGCACAACAAGCGCAUUAUCAACGACAGCUGCAGUUUCUGCGCAGCGUCGAAAGUCAGACUGUAGCACGACCAUAUGGUGUUAAGCUAGCGGCGCAGCUAGCGCAGCUGCUUGACGAGGAGGUGCAACAAUCAAAUGUGAGUACAGAUGAGCCAUUGAAUCUUAAUGCAUGGCUUACCUGGUUAAACGAGCUGUUGCUGAGUCGCAAGCUGGAGAAUGCGCAGCCGCUGCUCGAGUGGAUGCUGCGGUCUGUCGCAGAGAAGCAGACUCCUGAUACACUGUGCUGCCUGUUGUCGCUGCUUAAGCCACUUACAGCGUCACAGGCACGCAUGUGUUGGGCACAGUUGGCGCCAAUAAAGCCGCCUGGCACAGUGGAGACGGCACUGUUGUUGGUUCUCUGCCAGGAGACAGUGUUUGCUGCUCUAUGUCUAGGAGAGACACCACUGGAGAAACAUGAAAUGGAACUGAGUGCGCAGCUGGCGACUGCGCUGCUGGAUUCGCACUACGAAGGAUGCUGGGCGAGAAUGCAGACGCCGACGGCACUCGAGGAGGAGCAGCUGACAUUGCUGUUAACGCAUACGCUGCAGCUACUGCAGCAGAUUGCAGCGCAUCAUGAGGAACUGGCGCUGGAGCAAGCACCCGAGUUAUUAGGACUCGCCUUGGCCAAUUUGCGAUUCGGAGCGGGUGUCGAAGUUGGAACAGCGACAAUCAAACCACAGCUACCACAUCGAGUGCAGCCUGCACAGCAGUCAGCAGCUUAUGACCAGGAGGAGGAGGGCAACGCGAGUACUCAAAACACUGCAACGACAGGGCGACGCGUUAAGUCGCGCAAGAUGCGUUCCUUGGCUAAGCACCGCGCCAACAAUAACAACAGCAGCAACAGCAACACCAGCAACAACAACAUGCCUGACAACAGCCAUUCCGUAGCUGGCCCAGCUGGCGGGGAUCGACUUCUGCAGCUGCUGCUGCACAACAGUGACUACGGCAGCAAGACGCCUAGCGGUGAUUCCGACUGCAGCGCCACUGCGCAGCUGGUGGGACAGAAGCAGCAACGUCAGUGCCAGGUGAAGGUGCGCAUGGCCGCGCUACAACUCCUCGGUGUUGUCACCAAGCAGCUGCCCCGACGCCAGCUCUAUGGCUACUGGCAUGCACUAUUUCCCAGCGUUUCUGGUGUCACGACUGUACCUGCCGGCGGCUGUGAGGCAAAGGAUCAGCUACUGUUCAUUGGACUCUCGGAUACCAAUGUGCGCUGUCGCGCGCUGGCACUGCAGCUGGCGGCACAGCUUCUGUAUGGGUCAAGGACGUACCUGGGACAAGCGAGCAGCGCUGUUGCCCCAAGCAACUAUACACCGUUCUCAGUGAGCCUGGCAAGCAGCGUGCUGGAGGCGUACCGUCUGCUGACGGCCAUAUUGGUGCGGGAGUAUGCAACGCCAGUGCUGACGCAGUGUCUCAGGUGCUUGGCGGUGCUGGUGCAGGCGACGCCGUUCGAACAGCUGGAGAUGGGCUUUGUGUAUGAGUUUGUGCCGCUGGUGAAGAAGCUGGCGGGUCAUGCGGACACCAAUGUUAAGGUAUCGGCGUUGCUGGUGAUGGAAAUGCUUGUGGCAACGCCACGGCUUACGCAGGAGAUUGCUUGUGCCAUUGGACUGCCGCUUAAUGAGCGUGGUCGAAGCGUGGCCAAAGUGAGAAAUGCUGUUCAGCAACAAGCGAUGGAGCAACAGGUUCUAGAGCAGCAGUUCGAACAGCUCUGUCACUCUGACGACGAGGAGGAGGAAGUAGAAGUAGAAGCUGAUGAGCAGCAGGAGCAAGAAGAGCAGGAGGCGCAUCAGGACACGGAACAGUCGGCAUGCUGGCCACGCAUACCACGCAACUCCUGGCUACUACGUCUUGUGCUACGAUAUUUGGACUGCCCCUCUAGCCCAGCGCCGCUGCGCAUCGAAUGCCUCCAGGUGCUGCUGGCCAUGGCCACGCACUUUGCGCUGCUGCGUGAGCAUUUGACGCGCUUGGCCACGUUACUCAGUGCCGCUUUCGAGGAUGCCUCGCUGGAUGUGCGUCUCUACGCUGCCCGCUGCCUAGACGCCUUGGGCUAUCAACUGGCGCGCCAAGAGCUGCAGCCAGCAACACAGCAACAGCAGCAGCAGCAGCUGAACUUCUGGCUACGCAUGCUGCCCUCCAUCUAUGCCGCCUACACGGGCGCAGCAACGGCGACGCUCAAGUGUGCGCUCUGCGAUGCACUGGCCAACAUUGGUGCCAGCAACUUUGAACGCUUGCCGCAGCCGCAACGCAAUGGGCUGCUGGCGUUUCUCUGCGGCUGCAGCAGCGACGAUGCCGCUGAGCGUCUGGUGCGCGCGGCAGCGCUGCGUGCGUUGGCUGUCUACGUCAUGCUGCCUACGCUGCGCGGGGAUCUGGUGUUUGUGGAGCAUGCCGCUGAGUUGGCGCUACGCCUGAGCGCGGAUCAGCAGCUGGCGGUGCGCAUCAAGGCUGCCUGGGCGCUGGGCAACAUUAGUGAUGCCUUGGUGGCGCCCAGUCAACAACAGGAGGAGCGCAUCUCGCAGUCGCUGCUGACUCAACUGAUUGAGGCCGCCAUUGCGGGUUGCUGCGAUCAUGAUAAGGUGCGCGCUAAUGCAGUGCGCUCCUUGGGCAAUCUCUUGCGUCUGCUGCCUGGUGAGCAGCAGGCGUUGCUGCAGCGCGGCAUGUCCAAGCUGCUGGAUUGUGUGCGUGCGGCGGGCAGCGCCAAGGUCAAGUGGAAUGCCUGCUACGCCAUUGGCAAUUUGGUACGCAAUCGUGCGCUCUUUGCCGCCAGCGCUGGAUCUGCGUCAACGCUCUUCACCGCGCUCAGCCAACUGAUCGUGCAGCAUGCAAACUUUAAGGUGCGCAUCAAUGCCACCGCCGUGCUGCUGCAGAUCGAGCAGCGUGCGGACUUUGGCACACACUUUGCGGCCGUAUGGCGCUCACUCAUGGCCGCCGUCGAGCGCUCCAAUGCACUGGACACCUUUGAGGAGUACAAUCAUCGCGAUGGCUUGCAGCAGCAACUCUGCCUGGCCAUGGCCCAUUUGCUGGAGCGUGUGCGUCCAGAUGAUUUGUGUGCUUGCGGGAGUGCGCUGGAGGCUCACCUGGAUGUGGUCAGCAGCACAUGGCGCCGUGUAGCGUAUCGCAUUGUGCCGGAGCAGGCGACACCUUUGUUCACCUGCAGUCUGCUCCUGCAGCAGCGUCUCAGCGGCGGCACCCUGAACAGCGAGCAGCGCAAUGCCCUCACAUUCCUCGCCAGCACUCUGCGCCUGGAGAGCUAACAAUCAAAUGAUAUUUAUACUAAGAUCAAUAAACUGUAUUUAUGCA